AUGGCUCAAACUAGAACAUUAGACCGUGAAGAACCAAACUAUUUUGGUGCUGGUCCAGCGUUAUUACCAACUUCUGUUUUACAGCAAGCAGCUUACGACUUGAUCAAUUAUAAUGAUGAGAAUUUAGGUAUUGGUGAAAUUUCUCACCGUUCUAAACCUGCAAUUCAAGUUAUUGAUGAUACCAAGGCUAAUUUGAAAUCAUUACUUAAUAUCCCUGAUACCCAUGAAGUUUUUUUCAUGCAAGGUGGAGGUACCACUGGAUUUUCAUCUAUCGUUUAUAACUUAUUUGCCAAUUACGCUAAAAAGACUAAUGGUAAAAAAGGUAAAGCUGCUUAUGCAGUUACUGGUUCUUGGUCAAAGAAAUCUGCUGAAGAAGCUCAAAGAUUAGGCUUUGACGUUGAUAUUGUUGUUAACACCAAGGACAAAAAAUUUGCUGAAAUUCCACCUUAUUCUGAAUGGAAACCAAUUGACGCAGAAUCAACUGCUUACUUAUAUGUUUGCGAUAACGAAACUGUUCACGGAAACGAAUACAAAGACACUCCUGCUCCUGAUUAUUUACCUGAAGGUGUUGAAUUGGUUGCUGAUAUGUCUUCCAACAUUUUAUCGAAGAAAAUUGAUGUCAGUAAAUACGGUCUUAUAAUGGCUGGUGCUCAAAAAAAUAUCGGUUUGGCUGGUUUAACCAUUUAUAUCAUCAAGAAAUCUUUAUUGGAACAACCAUCUGAUGAAGAAUUGAACAAGUAUGGUAUUCCUCUUCCUCCAAUUGCUUUCCAUUACCCAACUGUUGUUAGCAAUAAUUCCGCUUAUAACACCAUUCCUAUUUUCACUUGUCAUAUCUUGAAACUCGUUACCCAAAGAUUAUUAGAUAAUGGAGGUCUUGAAAAACAAGAAGAAAUCAAUAAAAAGAAAGCCCAAGUCUUAUAUGAAGCCUUAGCUAAAUAUCCUAAUUUCUAUAGAUUACCAGUCACUAGCGAAAGUGCUCGUUCGAAUAUGAAUGUCGUUUUCACUCUUCCAAGUGAUGAAUUAGAAGCCAAAUUUAUCAAGGAGGCUUCUGAAAAUAAAUUGACUGGUUUGAAAGGUCAUAGAUCAGUUGGUGGUAUGAGAGCUUCUAUAUAUAACGCAGUUACCCUCAAUAGUGUUGAAUUAUUAGUUGAUUUCAGUCGUCUACUAUCUAGAAGUGCAGUCAGUUUGGCAGCUAAGAAUGUUGUAUCGGUUGAAGAAAAGAAAAAGACUCUUGACAGGGACAAUUUCGCUAAAGAUGUCCAAGAACGAAUUGCCAGAAUACCGAUAUCAAACUACAGAAAUUUCAGUAUAGUAGCUCAUGUGGAUCACGGAAAAUCAACCUUAUCCGAUCGUUUACUAGAGUUGACUGGAGUUAUUCAACCAGGUGAUGCAAAUAAGCAAGUUCUUGAUAAAUUAGACGUGGAAAGAGAACGUGGUAUAACUGUCAAAGCUCAAACAUGUUCGAUGUUUUACAAAGAUCCAGAGACAAACGAAGAUUAUCUAUUACAUUUGGUUGAUACCCCAGGUCAUGUUGACUUCAGAGCAGAAGUAUCGAGGUCGUAUGCUUCAUGCGGUGGUGCUCUUCUUAUUGUUGAUGCAGCACAAGGAGUUCAAGCACAAACAGUAGCCAAUUUCUUUCUUGCCUAUAGUAUGGGAUUGAAGCUCAUACCAGUGAUAAACAAGAUCGACUUGGACUCCGCUAAUAUACCAAAGGCAAUAGAGCAAGUAGAAACUACUUUUGAAUUACCUAGAGAAGAGUGCAUUCCAGUCAGUGCUAAAACAGGACUCGGUGUUGACAAAAUUAUACCUACAGUAAUCAGAGAUAUACCUCCACCUACUGGUGAUCCACUGAAACCGUUAAAGUUAUUAUUGGUUGAUUCAUGGCAUGAUCCUUACGUUGGAGUGGUAAUGUUGGUCCAUGUUGUGGACGGGACUGUUAAAAAGGGUAUGAAAUUAUUAUCAGCCCAUUCAGAUCGAAGAUAUGAUGUCAAGGAAGUGGGUAUUAUGUAUCCUGACAAAUUACCAAUGAAAAAUAUUCAAGCCGGUCAAGUAGCAUACAUUAUUCCUGGUAUGAGGAAUCCCAAGGAAGCCAUGAUUGGGGAUACAUUCUAUCAAUACGGCAACCAUGAGGGUCUUGAGCCUCUUCCAGGGUUUGAAGAGCCUAAACCAAUGGUCUUCGUUGGGGCCUUUCCUGCUGAUGGGGGUGAAUUCAAUGUGAUGAAUGACCAUUUGGAAUAUUUGGUUUUGAAUGAUAGGGCUGUUACGUUGGAAAAAGAAACAUCGAAUGCAUUAGGACUUGGAUGGAGGUUAGGUUUUUUGGGCUCUUUACAUGCAUCUGUCUUUAAGGAAAGAUUGGAAAAAGAAUAUGGUGCUAAAAUAAUUUUAACUGCUCCUACUGUUCCAUACAAAGUCAUUUAUAAGAACGGUGACGAAAAACUAGUUACAAAUCCAGACGAAUUUCCAGAAGAUAAGCAAAAAGUUGAACUGUUGUUGGAGCCUUACGUUGAAGCAAUAAUGACAGUACCAGAUGAGUUCAUAGGUACCGUAAUGUCGUUAUGCGAAAACAAUAGAGGUAUUCAAAAAGAAUUAGAAUAUUUGACGACGGGUCAAGUUUUACUUAAGUACGAAAUCCCAUUGGCUCAACUAGUUGAAGAUUUCUUUGGGAAAUUAAAAGGUAUGACCAAAGGAUAUGCAUCUUUAGACUAUGAAGAUGCCGGCUAUAGAAAAUCAGAUAUUGUUAAAAUGGAAUUAUGUGUUAACACUGUUCCACAAGAUGCCUUGACACAAAUUCUACAUAGAUCACAAAUAAUGGCAAGAGGUAAAGAAAAUGUUACAAAAUUCAAAGAAUUUCUUAGACAUCAAUUAUUUGAGGUUGCAAUACAAGCUAAGGUAAAUAACAAGGUGAUCGCUAGAGAAACGAUAAAAGCUAAAAGAAAGGAUGUUACUCAAAAAUUACAUGCAGCCGAUAUAUCUAGAAGAAAAAAGUUAUUAGAAAGACAGAAGGAAGGUAAGAAACAAAUGAAAUCGACCGGAAGAGUCAAUAUUAACCAAGAGGUUUAUCAAGCAUUUUUACGUCGUUAA